AUGAAAUUUUCCACUGAGUCAGAUAGAUGUUUCCAGAUACAUGUACUUGAAAAUGUAGACCAAGAUACAUUUUUGUUGUACAACUCGUCAGAUGCAUAUGAAGCAUGUAUCGCACAUUCCCAAUCUACUCACUCUUAUUCUUUUGAGAUUGAGACAAGUGCGAAAUUUUUGGAAACUAACCCACCAUACACAUGGAAACGUCAGUUUGAGAAAUUAGUUACUGGUCCUACAAGGCCACUACCAUCUGUUCAACAGCCUCCGAAGUUGGAGCUUAAGCAACUACCUCCUCAUCUUCGUUAUGUUUAUUUGGGGGAUUCUUCUACACUUCUGGUGAUUAUUUCGAGCUUAGUUAGUGAGGUGGAGAAAGAGAGAGUACUACAGAUUCUCAUGGAGGAGAAGUUUAAACCCUGUAUAGAUGGUCAAAGAAGACUAAACCGAAACAUGAAGGAGGUGGUUCGGGCUGAAGUACUGAAACUCAUAGACGUCGGAACCAUUUACCCGAUAUCAGGCAAUGCAUGGAUUAGUCAAGUCCAGGUUGUGCCUAAAAAGGGUGGUAUUACUGUGGUGCAGAACGAGAAGAAUUAA